GCCACCCAAAACCCUAAAAAAAGACAGGACCAUCAGCGGCAUGGCGUCCCUCCCCUUUUCUCCCUGUCGGACUCCUCUGGCAGCUGGAACCAGUAGAUGAAGAAGGACUCUCGGAUUCGCCAGCAGUCUUCUUCAGCAUUUCUUAUCUGAAGGAACCUGAUGGAGGACAAGUCGACGAGGAGAUCCGAGCAGGAAACUUAGCGAAGAUUCAAUCAAGUGCAAAAGGAGAUAAAGGUAACAGAAGAAAAGUUAAGAGAUUUUUCAGAGAGACGUAAAACGAGAGCAGAACCAUGAGUACCUUUGGGUACCGCAGGGAGCUGAAGAAGUACGAGGAGGUGGACGAAGACGAGCUGCUGGCCACUCUGUCCUCCGAGGAGCUCCAGGAGCUGGAGAGGGAGCUGGCCGACCUCGACGACAACGUCCCCAUCGGCCUGAGGCAGAAAGACCAGACCGCCAAAACCCCAACGGGGACCUUCGACAGGGACGCUCUGCUGAAAUACUGGGAGGACGAGAACAAGAAGCUGGUGAAGGACGAGAGGAUGGAGGACGAGAGGAUGGAGGACGAGAGGAUGGAGGACAAGAGGAUGGAGGACGAGAGGAUGGAGGACGAGAACAAGAAGCUGGUGAAGGACCAGAGGAUGGAGUCACACGGUGGACAGGAGGGACGGCCAGAUAAGAGCAGAGGGGAUCGAGGGACAGUGACCACCAGUAGCCAGACCCUGGAAAGCGACAGGAACAUUUCACAAAAGGUGAAGAAAGUGCAGAGCAAAAAUGAUGCGAAGAAAGAUCAGGCGGAAAAGAAAGACGAGUGCAAAAAGGAGAUUCUGAUGAGGAGUAAAUGUCCUCAGAAGAAUGGAGUCUCAAAAGUCUCGAGGAGUGAAUCCAGGAAGACUGAAACACCAGACCAAAACCUGAACGCCACCUCGGACAGAGCGAGCGGAAACCCGAUCGUCAUCGAUGAAACUCUGGAGCAGAUCCUGCGCGACGACCCCGCCAUUAGCGAAGUCAACCUCAACAACAUCGAAGACAUUUCCCAGGAGACCUUGCUUCGUUUCGCCGAGGCCUUGUGCACAAACACUCACGUCCACGUUUUCAGCCUCGCCAACACGCACGCCGACGACCGGGUGGCCUUCGCCGUCUCCAAGAUGCUCCGCGAGAACCGCGUCAUUAGAAACCUGAACAUUGAGUCCAACUUCGUGUCUGGUCGGGGAAUCCUGGCCCUGCUGGCGGCGCUGCAGCACAACAGCUCCCUGGUGGAGCUCCGCUUCCACAACCAGAGGCACAUAUGCGGGGGGAAGGUGGAGAUGGAGAUGGUCCAGCUGCUGAGGGAAAACACCACUCUGCUCAAGCUCGGGUACCAGUUCGACCUGCCGGGUCCGAGGAUGACGGCGACCAGCAUCCUGACGCGCAACCAGGACCAACAACGACAGAGGAGGCUCCAACAGAAGAAGGACCAGAGUCCUCCAGAAGGGUCCGGACAUAGUCCUGCUUCACCCGCAGAAAACAAAGCACCAAAGAAGCUGUCACAAUCUUCCAAGACUGUUGGAAACCAGAACAGAAAUCCUCCUCCUACUCCUCUUCAGUCUUCAGAGCCGCCAACGAGGAAGAUCUCCGAAAUGGUCAAACAACACGAAGGCUCCAACGGCACCAAGUCUCAGUCAAACCAAAGGAAGCCAAAGUCAAAGAAGCUCAAGAACGGCGCCAACGAAAAGGAGAGCGCAGACAUUCUCAAAGAACUGAAGAAGGCGUUGAAGCCAUCACCGCAGAAGAGACAAGACAGACCGUCACGUCCGCCGCCGCAGACGUCCAGCCGCGACGACCUGAUGGCGGCGAUCCGCGGGAGCAGCAUCGGGUCGUUAAAAAGGGUGGAUCUGUCGCAGGCCUGAACUCACCUCCUCAUCACUCAUCACUCUGUAUUGAAAUAUCUCUUUUUUUUCACACUAAAAUGUCACUUGUCACGUAGCGAAGCAGCAGCAGCCGACUAUAUUUCUGUCUUUUUCAGACGUUAUCGUUGUAUUUUUGUUACUGUGUGAAACCGACUGUGAAUUCUGAUGUGUGGAGAAAUAAAA